AUGCCCACUACAUGUCCCUAUCAUUAUUUGACGCAUUUAAAGUGUAACGCCGAAACAUGCAAGAUACGAAAGAGCUACCCCCAAAAUGAAAUGAUGGAUCAAAGAUACUUUUUUCUAUUGAAAGAACUCUAUGACAAGAACCAGUCUCGACGAGGAGCCAUCAACAAAAUCCUCAAAGAUAAAUUCCUCAAAUAUGCACCCCAUGGUGAAGAAGCAUUCGUGCAUGCUCUUUCACAAAUACAACGAGAAGGCAUCAAUUUGAACGAGUGUAUAAUCAAACAUGCAAAUUUGUUGGAGACAGUGAUGAAGCGACAUCGUGAUCUCUUUGUUGGCACUGGCACGAACCCUUCUUCCUCAUCUUCUUAUACAACACCCCAGUCGACAAGCACGGGAUCCUUUCAACAACAACCAUAUCAGCAGCCACAACAACAGUAUAAAACAACAAGUAGCCCGCCGUCGAGAGAGGAAGAUCACAUGUCUCCACAGCAGCAACAGUAUAUUGCAGAAUCAAUGCAUGUGCAUGACAACAAUUAUGGAGCACUUCGGUCUUUUCCAUCUUCAAGCUCCUAUUCACACCAACAACAUGUCGAGCAACAUUCAGUCACCACACCCCAAAGAAGAUCACCGCCAAGUACUACACUUGUUGCUGGGACUGCACCAUCGCAUGUGACAUUCAACUACAAUCCAUCAUCAGCAUCCCAUGUGGUGGUCACAAACACAUCCUCACCACCACAACAUGAAGAGCAUACCACCAACCACAUGCACAUGGUCACCAACAACACCACUUCAGCAUUCUCCUCUCCUCUCUACCACAUGUCCACUUCAACUCCAAAUCAAUUGAUGCAAUCUUCUCACAAAGAGUUCACUCAAUCUCGAUCAAAUCCCCACAGGUUUGAUCAUGAAAUGAAUCGUCAUCAACAACCCAUUGUGUCAUUUCCCUCCGGUGCAACUUCUUCAAGUACAACAUCAGAAUCAACAUCUCUUUCCCUUCGAGGUAACACCGUAUCGGCAUUAAAGCAUUUGAAAGAAAAGUAUGCAAAUAUGCAAAAUUUGGAAAAACCUACUUUCGUCAACAAUAAUGCAUCUGCCACUUGUCAUUCUUCAUCAUUGAUUAUCUAUGCUGGCGACAAUGUAAAUAAUAAUACCAUAAUUCCGCUUCCUUCUCGUUCAUCUCCUCCAUCAUCACUUCCUCAAAUUUAUACAAGCAACAUGGCGAUUCCUACUUAUGGUCAAUCCUCAACCUCUCAGAAAUCUUUGCCAUCUUGGAAACAAGAAUCACAUGUUCCUUCCUCAACUUCAAUAACGUUAAGUUCAACCUCAUCAGCUUACUCUACAUUUUCUCGACAACCUAAGUCUAAAUCUCCACUUUCUGAUAUUUUGACAUCUGGCAGACAUCAUCUUCCUUCGUCUUCUAAUUCAUCGAACAAUAGUUUAGAUAUUAGUGGAAUCGACCAAUUGCAAAGAAAAAGAGGAUAUAGCGAUUCCUUUUAUCAAGAGACAACAUUUAGUAGGAACAUUAAUAAUGAUGCAGAUCAUUUGAAUGCAUCGCCUUCGAAUCAUACGUAUUUCGAAAAUCAAUUUGGAAAUUCUCAAUUAAGGUCGAGUGAACAACCAUUGAAUGCCUGUCCUAGCGCUGAAUUUACUCCUACUUCCUUAUCGUCGAGAAGUGGAGAAGAAUAUUUCAAUGCCAAGUCCUCAAAUGUGAAGAGACGAAAAAACGAAGAUGUUUUGCUACCCUCAAUUUCUGAAAUGAUGAACAAACCUCCUCAUAAAAGUAAAUUACCUUCUCCAUCACAAUAG